GUUCUCUUUCCUGUACAUUGCCAGUUUUUUGUGUUGCAAUCAUUCCUCUUCAAGAAUUCUGCUUGGCCAAUCAACGAUGCGUUACCAUCGAGCUUCCAUGAAAAUGAUGCUGAAGCUCUCUCACCAGCCGAACACAACUCGAUAGCCUGAUUUCUAAACAUGUACCUGCGCUCAGACCCGCUGAAUGAGACGCUGCCUUUAACGCAUGGACUGCGCUCCCGCCAGACGCAGCCAGUCGCGGGGCGAUCGCGACGCCUAUUGUCGCCCGCUGCGCGGCGCUUCAUCCGCUAUGGCGUUGCCUGCCUCCUGUUCCUGGCCGUGGGGGACCUCAUGGUGACGCUGCAACGCUCACUGCAGACGGAGAACCUCAUUCGCACAGGCCAGCACAGAGUUGAGCCCACAGUCAUGGAAGAUUCGGCCGACGCUGAGGCACCCGAUCUGACCACCGUGUCAUUCCCAGGCUCCGCGGACGAGAUCCUGACGCUCCCUGGAAAGCCCAACGAAUACACGGCUCGACUCUUCUCGGGCUACUUACCACUGAACAACGGCGGUCACGCUUUCUACUUCCUUGCCGAGUCUCAGAGCUCCACGGCCCAAACGGAUCCCGUACUGCUUUGGCUCAACGGUGGGCCGGGGUCCAGCUCCCUCAUGGGCUGCUUCUCAGAGAACGGACCGCUGCUAGUCAACGAGGACGGGAAGACGCUUAGAGUGAACAAGUUCGCGUGGAACCUGAAGGCAAACCUACUGUGCAUCGAGUCACCCGUAGGGGUUGGCUUCAGCUACAAUUCCAGUGGAGUGUACGAAGCAGACGAUCGCUCUCAGGCUCAAGAUCUGUACGACGGGCUUCAGAAAUUCUUCGGCAAAUUCCCUUGGCUUAGAGAUAAUGACUUUGUCGUCUCUGGUGAGAGCUAUGGAGGAAUUUAUGUGCCGACCACGGCACUUGCCAUUCUGAACGGUAAUGCGGCGACAUCGGAUCAGUCGCAGCAUAUCAACCUGAAGAAGUUCGUGGUUGGAAACGGCGUGAACGAGUACUUGGGACUCUCGACAGUUAUGUUCGCAUAUUACCAUGGCUUGUUGAGCACAGAAUUGUACAAGAAAUUCCGAGCUAGCUGUCCUGAUCUCCACGAGUUCGAAAAAGGCCCUCUCGUCGCGCCGGGCUUCAGCCCUGCUAGCCCAGAAUGCACUUCGGCCACUAUGGACAUCUACACAACCUUGGUCUAUGAUCGCAUCAAUAUGUACGACGUGUACGGGUCGUGUGCCGGAUCACCCAAGGAAGAUAUUCAGCGUCUCGUGAAGGAGCUUCUGACACCAUCGACUCCUGGGAAGCUGCCACAUCCGAUUGGAAACACGUUGGACAUGUGCUUGGAUAAUAAGCGUCUGGACUCGUACUUUAACCUCGCUGAAGUCCGUGACGCGAUGCACGCAAAUCCGACGCUGGCGCAUUGGAGUGCUAGCGCACUCACCAGUACUGCCAUGGAUAUGCUUAGCACAAUUCUAGGAGUCGAUCAUCCGAUGCUGCAACACCCGCAGCUGCUUAAGUACACACCUUCACUUCACAGCGAAGUGACCCCCUUAUGGCGUCAGCUUCUUGAAAAAGGAGUGAACGGUGUCAUCUAUCACGGUGACUCUGACUUGGUCUGCAAUGCUUUGGGUGGGCUAUGGGCGGUGGAGUCAUUGCGUCUCCCCCGCCUGGCACCACGCGCUGCCUGGACUUACAUGGACGGAAACUCGAAACAAACCGGAGGCUUUGUGGAGACUUUCAGGGGGAUCUCGUAUGUGACUGUAAAGGGGGCGGGUCAUCUUGUGCCACUGUCGCAACCCGAGGAGGCCAAGCAAAUGCUUGAUUUGUUUGUCCUCAACGACUUAAAGUAGGUGCGGGUUAGUGCCAACCAUGUUCAAAAGAAACAAAACCCACAUAAUUUUGGUGUCUGGAAGAAAAACACAACCGUUUGAUUUUGAUUUUUUGGUUGCCAUUUUACUCGCAUUUUUGUGUGGAUAUUUGCCUAAGC